CAUGUGCACUCAAUCCUGACCAAGUUCCACUCUGGAAUCUCCGUUACCCCUUAUUGAAAGAUUCACAUACGUUUCAGUACAUCAUAUACAAAUACAGUAUAUACAAAGGAGGGAGUAUUUUUGUCUGCGUGUGUUUUUUUUUGCUUUUCCUGUUAGUAAGUAGUUCUGUUCGUAGCCAUCUCGUCCCGUUUUGGAGAGGGGGGGCUAUUGUGUGGCUAUGGUGGUUUUGCUCAUUUAGCUUCUCCUAAAGCUGAGGUUUGUCACAGUCUGGUGCCGCAUUGGCGCAGGAGAGCUCACACAUCGCUCCCAUUCAAUCCAUGCACUCCUGCCUCGGUGUCGUUUGCUUUCGGAGUCGAGGUCAUAGUGGCCCCUGAGGUGGGUUGUGUAGGAUUUGGGUGAGGAUUUUAGCCCAGCGGAGGUUUGUGGGUGUUGGGCUUCGUCAGGGGGUCGGAUAGUAUGGCCUCUAUGGCGGCUACUUCGAGAGUUGCUGCUGCUGCUGCGGCGACGUCGUCGUUGCAAUGGCAGAUGAAAGCUUCAACUGCCACUGAUAGCAAGUCUCGGAUGGUGCUAGCCCCUGUAGCUAAAGGUUUGGGCUCAUCUUCUUCGCUUCAUAGGGGCUUUUCCGCGGGUUUGUGUUUUGAGGGUAGGCAGAGACAUUGGGCGGGAGUGCAGAGGAGGACAGUGGCUGUGAGAGCCAGCGGUAGCUCGAAUCAGAGCUUGUCCAGGCCUGCGGAUAAGCCUCGGUUUAUCCAGCACAAGCAGGAAGCGUUCUGGUUCUACAGGUUUCUGUCGAUUGUGUAUGACCAUGUUAUUAACCCCGGGCAUUGGACGGAGGACAUGCGUGAGGACGCGCUGGAGCCCGCCGACUUGAACGACCCCAACCUGGUGGUUGUGGAUGUGGGUGGUGGCACGGGGUUCACUACCCUGGGUGUGGUGAAGACUGUGGACGCCAAGAAUGUGACCAUUCUUGACCAGUCUCCGCACCAAUUAGCGAAGGCUAAGGAGAAAGAGCCUCUCAAGGACUGCAAGAUUAUUGAGGGAGACGCUGAGGACCUGCCAUUUGAGACCGAUUAUGCGGACCGAUAUGUCUCUGCUGGAAGCAUCGAGUACUGGCCUGAUCCCCAGCGGGGUAUUACAGAGGCUUACAGAGUAUUAAAGAAGGGAGGAAAGGCCUGUCUCAUUGGUCCCGUGCACCCAACUUUCUGGCUUUCCAGAUUUUUUGCUGACGUAUGGAUGCUCUUCCCAACCGAAGAUGAAUAUAUGGAAUGGUUCACAAAAGCUGGUUUUACUGACGUAAAAAUCAAGAGGAUUGGACCAAGCUGGUACCGAGGUGUUCGUCGUCAUGGUCUCAUUAUGGGGUGCUCUGUGACUGGAAUUAAGCCAGAGUCAGGAGAAUCCCCACUCAAGCUGGGACCAAAGGCAGAGGACGUGAAGGGUCCAUGGAACCCAUUUUCAUUUGUUUACAGAUUCCUCGUUGGAGUGAUCGCUUCAUUGUAUUAUGUUCUUGUACCAAUCUACAUGUGGCUCAAGGACCAGAUCGUUCCCAAGGGACAACCUAUCUAGAGUGCUGCCUUGCGGUCCAAUAUUACCAUCUUUCUGUUGGUAUUGCAGUGAAAUGGUUUCCUGAAUAGUGCUGUUUAGGACAACUAGCGCAUUAGUGCAGGUUUUGUUUCAUAAUGUAGGAAAUUGUACACUUUUCAUCUGCCUUGUAGCAGAAGCUUGUUUAAAUAGGCGCUGGAGGUCGCCAACCUGAAACACGAUUUCCUUCACACACCA